CUUGUUUGUUUAGUGCUUCAAGUGGCACGCGUCCGGCGCGCGCAAAACACCGGUACCCGCAGCAGAAGCCCAAGGUGUACCCACGCGACCAGUAGGCGUGGCCAACCCAUCCAAACGCAUUGAAAAGCAGCAGAGUUUUCCUUUAGGGACUCAUUUGAGCUUUGAGAAGCGCGCCCGGCAGCAGCCUGGCGGACUGCCCACAGUGAAGCAAGUGCGCGACAACACGUGAACGGCACGAGCGGCACGCACCGCCUGGACACUGGGUGACUUUUUUCAUUUAGAGUUUUUUUCUUUUUUCUUUUGGGAAUGGACCUCACAGCCAAGAUGGAAAUUAACGUGAGCCAGCAGCAGCUGAUUCCACCUGCCUGCUUCUUCUCCGCUGCAGCCGCGGCGGCUCAGAGUCUUCAGGUGAGCCCCAGCGGCAGCAGCCAGUGCGGCGGGAAGUCCAAACAGCUCAAGAGGCAGCGCUCCUCCUCCCCGGAGCUGCUGCGGUGCAAGCGCAGGCUGCACUUUACGGGCUUCGGCUACACUCUGCCGCAGCAGCAGCCGCACGCGGUGGCGCGGAGGAACGAGAGGGAGCGCAACAGGGUGAAACUGGUCAACAACGGCUUCGCCACGCUGCGGGAGCACGUCCCCAACGGCGCCGCCAACAAGAAGAUGAGCAAAGUGGAGACGCUGCGCUCCGCAGUGGAGUACAUCCGGGCCCUGCAACAGCUGUUGGACGAGCACGACGCGGUGAGCGCCGCGUUCCAGUCCGGCGUCCUGUCGCCCACCAUGUCGCAGGGAUACUCCGCGGACAUGAACUCCAUGGCUGGCUCGCCAGUGUCCUCCUACUCCUCCGAUGAGGGCUCCUACGACCCCCUCAGUCCAGAAGAGCAGGAACUGCUGGACUUCACCAACUGGUUCUGAGCAUCUUAUGUGAUUUUCCUCACAGAACCACGGAUCAACUCAUCUUGUCCGGCGCUUGGAAUGGUCCCGGAGGAGACUGACAGUCCUCAAGAACAAGAUGCAUUACGCACGCGUUCCAGUCCUCAGUAUACACCGACCGAAGACUGCUAAUGAGGCCGAGAGGACCCGCAAGCUUUGGGGAGAUCAUCCCAGAGAUCAGCGCCAAAGGACUAGACGAGGCCCGGGGAGCCCCGCUUCUGUUCGAAUAACAAAAGACCACAAAGCGAAUUCACGCGCUUCACCAGAACUUUAACACAUUAUUUAAUAAGUCGAUCUUCAUCUAUGCUAAACCAAUCACAACACCCGCUUUGGUAAACCUCUCAGAAUCCACAAAAUGCUUCCAAGUCGCGGAAUUAUUCUAUUAAAUUCUAUAUCAAACGCUUUUUUGGAAAUAUAUUAAGAUAUUUUUGUAUGUAAGAGAUUUAUAGAUGUUUUGUAUCCUUUUGUAUAUAUUUUGUCUAAAUACUACAAAGUUGCUUCUAUUACCUCUUGCCGACGUAGACAUGUAGUCUAUUAUUCUCUGGCUCUUCUCAUUCAUGAGGUUUUAUUCUAGCACCAAUGUGUCUUAUUUAAUAGCAAAACAUGUUACUGUAUUGCGUCAUGUCACAAUGAUCAAAACUUGUGCAGCUAUUGUCCCAAAGAGUGCAAUAGCCACGCAUCGUGUCUUUAUACUGCCAGCUCUAUAUCCUCAUAAGCAGAUGCUGAAUAUUUCUUAUAAUCACAUUUUCUACGUUCUAGUCCAAGAAUAAAACGAGAUUCUACUGAAA